UUGCCUAGGUAACGCUUCCCUGCGUGCGGCCUGCUAGAGAGGGAUGGCCUCGGUGGUGGCUCCCAUAGCGGACGGGGAGUUCACGGCGGCGAUUUACGGUCUGAUCCGGGCCGGACGCUUCUCGGAGGCGGUGGGGAUCCUCAGCAGCGAGCUUCAGAGGAGCUGCCGCUCCCGGGCAGGGCUUUCCCUUCUGGGCUACUGCUACUACCAGCUGCAGGACUUCGCGGCGGCGGCCGAGUGCUACGAGCAGCUUGGGUCGCUGCACCCGGAGCUGCACGAGUACCGGCUGUACCACGCGCAGGCGCUCUACAAGGCCGGCCUCUACGCCGAGUCCCUGCGCGCCACUCUCCCUCUGCUCGACGUGCCAAGCUUCCAGAGCCGGGCCUUGCGCCUCCAGGCCGCCACGCACUAUGCCCAGGGCGACUUGUCCAGCGCCAAGGCCCUGGUGGAGGUGCAGCUGGCAGCCGCCACAGAAAGCAGCCCUGGGGCCGCCGAAGACCCCUCGGAGCUGCCCGACGCUGAGGUGAACAUGGGCUGCCUGCUGUACCGGGAAGGGCAGCACGAGGAGGCUUGCAGUAAGUUCGCGUCCGCCAUGCAGGUGCUGGGCUAUUGCCCCGAGCUGUCCUACAACAUGGCCCUGUGCUGCUACGCCGCCAAGCAGUAUGCCCCGGCCCUGAAGCACAUUGCGGAUAUCAUCGAGCGUGGCAUGCAGCAGCACCCGGAGCUGAGCGUGGGGACCAACACCGAGGGCCUGGACGUCCGCAGCGUGGGCAACACGCUACUCCUGCACCGCACGGCCCUGGUCGAGGCCUUCAACCUCAAGGCGGCCAUCGAGUACCAACUGUGCAACCUGCAGGCGGCGCAAGAGGCGCUCACGGACAUGCCGCCCCGGGCCGAGGAGGAGCUGGACCCGGUCACCUUGCACAACCAAGCCCUGAUGAACAUGGACCGGCGGCCCACCGAAGGCUUCGAGAAGCUGCAGUUCCUUCUGCAGCAAAACCCCUGCCCGCCAGAGACUUUUGGGAACCUGCUUCUUCUCUACUGUAAGUACCAGUACUAUGACCUGGCUGCGGAUGUGCUGGCUGAGAAUGCUCACCUGACCUAUAAGCUUCUCACACCCUAUCUGUACAACUUCUUGGAUGCCAUGAUCACUUGCCAAACUGCCCCCGAGGAGGCGUUCCAUAAGCUUGAUGAGUUGGCGGGGGCUCUGACCGAGCAGCUGAGAAAGCUAACCAAGGAGGUGCAGGAAUCAAGGAAAAAUCGUGAUGAUGAAGCUCUAAGGAAGGCAGUCAAUGAAUAUGACGAGACACUGGAGAGAUAUGUCCCUGUCUUUAUGGCUCAAGCCAAGAUUUAUUGGGACAUGGAGAACUAUCCCAUGCUGGAGAAGAUGUUCCACAAGUCAGUGGACUUCUGCAAAGAUCAUGAAGUGUGGAAACUUAAUGUGGCUCAUGUAUUGUUCAUGCAAGAAAACAAAUACAAAGAGGCCAUUGGUUUCUAUGAGCCUAUUGUAAAGAAGCACUAUGAUAACAUCCUUCAGGUCAGUGCCAUUGUGCUGGCUAAUCUGUGUGUUUCCUACAUCAUGACUAGUCAAAAUGAAGAGGCAGAGGAGCUGAUGAGGAAGAUUGAAAAGGAAGAAGAGCAGCUCUCUUACCAUGAGCCCGAUAAAAAGAUCUAUCACCUCUGCAUUGUCAACCUAGUCAUUGGGACACUUUACUGUGCCAAAGGGAACUUUGACUUUGGCAUCUCAAGGGUAAUUAAGAGUUUGGAGCCUUACAAUAAAAAGCUGGGUACAGACACUUGGUAUUAUGCCAAAAGGUGUUUCCUGUCAUUGUUGGAAAAUAUGUGCAAGCAUGUGAUCAUGGUACGUGACAGCGUCAUUCAAGAAUGUGUCCAGUUCCUCGAGCACUGUGAAGUGUAUGGCCGAAAUAUCCCAGCUGUUAUUGAACAACCUCUUGAGGAAGAGAAAAUGCACACAGGGAAGAACACUGUUACCUAUGAAGCUAGGCAGCUGAGGGCACUGAUGUAUGAAGUUACUGGGUGGAAUAAGUAACUGCUCUGACAUUCCUAUACAAAAUGGCCAGGGAGCAGAAAAUCAGUGGGGUGCUGGGACCAUUCAAAAGACUACAUACAUAUAUUUCAUUUUCUUGUUUUUACGUUUAGUCUGUUGUAGCGUUUAAAAUGGAAAUGGGCUUUUUAUAUCAAAUUAAUACAAAACUGGUAAGACCCUCAGAGGCUGUUUGUUCAAUAUUGGAGCAUAUUUAUACCUAUCAAACUUGGCAGGAAAUAUUGAACUAGCUUCACACUAGUUUGAACUAGAGUCUUAAAGAACCCUGAAAUAUUGGGCUCCACUUGUUCAUUUUUUAAUUACUAUUUUUUCCUUUUAAGACAUUGUAUUACAGAUACAUAUUUUUAAGAAUGUAACAAAAGUAAAUAGAAUGAGGUUUGCAAAAUAAAUAGAAAGUUGUGCUA